AUGUAUGGUAAACGUGACCGGGAUGUGGCGCGAGAGUGGGAGAUCAACGUUGUAACUGCUGCCGGAAAUGUUCCAAGGUCUCGACAUGGUCACAAAGCAGUUGCGAUCAAAGAUCUCAUUGUUGUAUUUGGGGGUGGUAACGAAGGCAUCGUUGACGAACUACAUGUUUUUAAUACAACAACCUGUCAGUGGUUUCUGCCAGCAGUGCACGGUGAUAUACCGGCUGGUUGUGCUGCGUUUGGCAUGUUGGCCGAAAAUACUCGCGUAUUGAUGUUCGGUGGGAUGCUGGAGUACGGAAAGUACUCCAGUGAAUUGUACGAGCUGCAGGCUUCCAGAUGGGAAUGGAAGCGUUUGAAGCCAAAACCGCCGCGUAACGGUCCUUGCCCUUGUCCUCGAAUUGGUCACAGUUUUACCCUCGUUGGUCAGCGUUUUUUUUCGAAUUUUGGUAGAUAUUUGAAUGAUCUUUAUACUCUGGAACUGAAACCCAAUUCGUCGGCCAUGUGUUGGGACAUACCCAUCACCUACGGACAACCCCCUUCUCCACGUGAAUCACACACUGCUGUAGCUUAUCAGGUGUUGGAUGGAAUGGUAAAGAAAUGGCGAUUACUCGUUUAUGGCGGUAUGUCAGGUAAUCGAUUGGGCGACUUGUGGCAAUUGGAAAUCGACACAAUGACUUGGGUGAAACCGGUUGUAACUGGCGAUCCUCCUGCUCCGCGGAGUUUGCACAGUGCAACAGUGAUCGGAAAUCGCAUGUUUGUCUUCGGUGGCUGGGUACCAUUGGUGAUGGAAGAGAUAAAAAUGACCACACAGGAAAAGGAAUGGAAAUGCACCAACACUUUGGCCAGUUUGAAUCUGGACACAAUGAACUGGGAACCUUUGGCCAUGGAAGUAUUUGACGAAAGUCUAGUACCCAGAGCCCGAGCUGGACACUGUGCCGUAGCUGUGCACACUCGCCUGUACAUCUGGUCUGGUCGAGAUGGCUAUCGGAAAGCAUGGAAUAAUCAGGUGUGCUUUAAAGAUCUUUGGUUUUUGGAGACUGACCGUCCCCCGGCACCCACCCGAGUCCAGUUGGUUCGAGCAGGAACACAGAGUUUGGAGGUGACAUGGGGCUCCGUUCCCACGGCGGAUGCAUACGUGUUACAGAUCCAAAAGUACGAUGUAUCACCUUCGGUUAGCUCGGGCACCCUGGCUCCAGUCACACCGGAUCCCGGUGGAUUGUCGCUUUCAAUCUCUAUUCUCCAUCGCCUAGUGGUUUUCGAUUAUCGAUACUUACGAAGUCUGGCUCGAGGGGGAUGGAGUGAGCGGGUUAGUAAUUUGGAAAUAAAUCGUCGAGAAUGCAUCGAACAAGAACUCGCUAUCGCAUCGAAUUGA